AAAUGAAGAAGUCGCAUCGGCUUCAUCAUGAACUGCCAAAUCCGCCCUUUUCGAUUACGACUCAUGAAACAUUUGUCGUAAACAUUGUUUUGUCGGCUUCGUCAGCUGUGCAUGUUAUCAUCUUCAUUGUUCAAUUUUCAUAGAGUGACAAGUAAAAAUGUUCAAUCCUGCGGAGCACGGCCUUAGCCGUGACUUCCGCCUUACGAAAUUUUCCACGCUACGCGGGUGAGGUUCAAAGAUUCCUCAAGAUGUCCUUGACCGGCUUCUGCGAGGAGUUUACACCGAACAGUUUACCGCUAGCGAUAAUCAAACGACCGAAAAUGUAGUUGAUAAGCAAACUGAGGAAGGUGUUGGAAUUGGACUCGAUUCGUCUGUUAUACCGCUCAAGAAUGACUUGCAACUCGUACAAACGGUGGACUUUUUCUAUCCGUUGAUUGACGAUCCGUAUCUGCUGGGUAAAAUUGCCUUGGCCAAUGUGGUAAGCGAUGUGUAUGCUGUCGGAGCAAUGGAGAUCGAUGAGAUCCGGUUGGUGUGCUCGGCUCCAACGGAAUUUAGCGAGAGCGAGCGGGACAUUGUUGUUCCCAUGAUUGUCAAGGGAUUUCUAGACGCGGCAGCUGAAGCCAAAGCUAGGGUAAAAAUUGGCAGCAUCGCUCUGAACCCAUGGUGUAUCAUCGGGGGAAUUGCAACAGCUGUUUGCCACAAAUCGGAGUUGAUUCUACCUUACCACGCACAAAUAGGAGACGCAUUGGUGCUCACCAAACCUCUUGGAACUCAAUUAGCAACAAAUGCAUUUAUAUGGAUGAGUGAAAAUUCAGAAAAUUACACAAAACUGCUCGAGCACGGUUUGGACGAAUCGGAGAUAGAGAAAAGCUAUAGUAUUGCUGUGGAGUCGAUGUCUCGGUUGAAUCGAUCUGGUGCUCAACUAAUGCACAAAUACGAUGCACAUGCCGCUACCGAUGUUACUGGUUUCGGCCUCUAUGGUCAUGCGGAAAAUUUAGUUAAAUUUCAGAAAGAAUCCGUGGACUUUGUAAUAGAUAGUCUUCCAAUAAUCAGAAACGUAACAAAAAUUGCGGAAAUUCUCAACCGGAGUGCUAAACUGCUUGCCGGCAAGGCUGUGGAAACAUCCGGUGGGCUGUUGAUUAGUCUACCAGCAAACAAUGCGGCGGCAUUCUGCGAUGAAUAUCGAACGGUGUCUGGACACGAAGCGUGGACCAUUGGUAGCGUUUUGGAGGGUAGUCGAACGGUGCGGAUGAGUUCGAAUCCAACAAUUCUUUCGGUUGAAUAGUAAAUUUCAACAGUGCCUUUCAGCUUUGAUGGUAUAACAGCGAUUUUUUCUCGAUGAACGUAUGAAGCGAAUUUUUAAAGGCUAAUAUGCUGGUAAAUUUGUGAAAGUUUUUCUUCGAAUGAGUUGCUGUAUUGCUAUCAAAACUGCUUUGCUUUAAAUAAAACUUAUAAACUUAU